AUGGCUCUGCGACGAUCUCAUCACAAGUCCCGCCACGGCUGCCUGGAGUGCAAGCGAAGGCGUGUCAAGUGCGACGAGGCUCGGCCAGUAUGCACAAACUGCUCUAAAAGACAUGCAGAAUGUGAAUACGAAAGCUCUAGCUCACUCCGCUGGACAAAUGAAGAGUCACGGUCCCGUCAAACAUCUACCAUAUCAACCCCGGAGGGAUCUCAACCAGAUCCUACGUUGACGGCAGCCAACUCGUUAGGAAUCGUCGGCAGGCUUGGCGAGCACGAUGAGGCAGUUUCAUCCGGCAGUCUCAAUCUCACCGAUCUCGAGCUGAUGAUGCAGUGGUGCAACUCAACGUACCAGGUUUUGGCUCGAAAUGAGAGCACUGGUCAUGUCUGGAAGUGCUUAGUCCCCGAGGAAGCAGUAUCGCAUCCAUUUCUCAUGCAUGGUAUUCUAGCUCUCUCUGCGCUCCAUCUGGCGCGGACACGAGAUGACCAUCGCCGGCCGAUGUAUAGUGGCCUUGCGGUAGCACACCAGAAUCAGGCACUAGCGUUGUUCCGCGAGUUACUUGGCGAUAUAAAUGACACGAAUGCAAAGGCAAUGUUCUCCUUUGCGAGUGUGGUCGUGCUCUACACUUUUGCCUUUCCGCACGAACCGAAUCCAAGUAAUCCGUUUGUUUGUAUCGAUGAUUUACUUCAAAUUAUUGUCUUGAUACGUGGUGUGCAGCAGGUUAUCAACACAGCUUCUUCAUCCCUAAGUGAAAGUAAUUUCAGAGCAUUGGUAUGCACAGAAAACCACGAGCCCGUGCUAUCAGACGACGCCCGAUUAGCACUGGAAGAGCUCCUUGAAGUCAAUAAUACCUGUGGCGCUCAGGACGAAACCCACGACACAGAAAUUUACGAAGACACCAUUGGAAAACUAACAGAGGCUAUAGGCCUGCUUAAUGUGGGUCACAACAUGACCACUAUUGGCCGGUGGGCAAUCAAACUCCGGCCGAGAUAUGUGGAUAUGGUACGGGACCAUGCGCCGCUGGCUUUGGUCAUUCUUACGUACUACUGUGUGAUACUGGAUUCUCUGCACCAUCACUGGUGUCACGACGACUGGAGCGUCAGGGUCUCCAGGGCAAUCUGGAUGGUGUUGGAUGAUACAUGGAGACCUUUGGUUCGGUGGCCGAUGACGGUUAUUUUUGGACAGAGCUUUUCGAAUGAAACGUGA